ACGUCUGGAAGCGUGAUGCAUUCUGGGAAUUGUAGUUUUCCUUACAACCGCUCCCAUGGCCGACUGUGCCGCUUACUUUUCCUGGUUCCGAUCAGGCACAGCCAGGCCGCCUCGCGCGGGGUCCUGGCAGCGGCGUGUAGGAGUCGCGGUGCAUGCCGGGCCUCUUUCUUUGCGGCUUGGGCCAGCAGCAGCGUGAUGGGUAAGUGCCGUGGGCUUCGCACCGCUAGAAAGCUUCGCAGCCACCGACGGGAUCAGAAAUGGCACGACAAGCAAUACAAGAAGGCCCACUUGGGUACUGCCCUGAAAGCCAACCCCUUCGGAGGAGCUUCCCAUGCGAAGGGAAUUGUCCUGGAAAAAGUUGGUGUAGAGGCUAAACAGCCCAAUUCAGCCAUCAGGAAAUGUGUCAGAGUCCAGCUGAUCAAAAACGGCAAGAAAAUAACAGCCUUUGUUCCUAAUGAUGGUUGCUUGAAUUUCAUUGAGGAAAAUGAUGAAGUUCUGGUUGCUGGCUUUGGUCGGAAAGGUCAUGCUGUUGGUGAUAUUCCUGGAGUUCGCUUCAAGGUCGUCAAAGUAGCCAAUGUUUCCCUCUUAGCCUUGUACAAAGGCAAGAAGGAGAGACCAAGAUCAUAAACUUUUGUUACUCUGUUAAGGAUGUCAAUAAAAAUUUUCAUCUAA